CGGUAAACGAAGUACACGUGUCGUGAUUUUCACUGAAAACUCUCAGAAAUCUUCUUGAGAAAAUUUUCGUGAAAGGAAAUCAGCUUUUUUUUUUGCGAUUCUUUUUGGUAGUUGUUUUUUUCUUUUGCAGAGAAAGAUGAGAAAUUGUAGUUUUUGUAUGUUAGAGGAGUGAUAUUUAUAGGUGAAUCGUUGUUAUUGUUAAUGUGAGUUGAUGUUUGAUUUGGAAUUUUGAAGAAUGACGAGAUUAAGGAUGAAUUAUUGGAUGGUUACGGUGAUUGGUUUAACGAUGGUAAUGGUGGUACUGGUGGAGUGUGCGGGAAACAAUGGUACCUGGGACAAGGUACGGGAGAAGAAGGCGCGGAUAGUGAAGAAACUGAAGAAGGACUUGAGGAAGCUGAAGAAAGAGGAGGGCGCGGUGAAGCUUGUGGGCGGUGAGAACGGAGCGCACGAAGGAAACGUGGAAAUACUUCACGACGGGAAAUGGGGCAGCGUGUGCGACGACGAAUGGGAUUACUUGGAGGCCAACGUGGUUUGCAGGCAAUUAGGCUUCGACGGUGCAAUUAAACCAACGACGAACAGCUACUUUGGCCAGGCCAGAAGAAGAUAUUGGAUGGACAACGUGUACUGCGACGGGAGCGAGGAGGAGAUCUCUAAAUGUCGGUUCGACGGAUGGGGAGCAUCUGACUGCGAGGGUAGCGAAGCAGCCGGUGCAAUUUGCGCCCGUGAUCAACAGGACGAGGAGGAGAGCGGGGCGAUAAGACGGGCGAAGCCGAAAAGGAAGCCUGAGAAGCGGAGAAUCAAGGAUAUCCAUCAGCAGGGAGUGGCGAUAAGGCUGGUCGGUGGACGUGUUCACACCGAGGGCAGGAUCGAGGUGAAACUGGGAACUUCAGAUUGGGGUGUUGUCUGCGGCGAUGGUUGGUCCCUGUUCGAGGCAGCGGUGGUUUGCAGGCAACUGGGUCUUGGUCACGCCUCCGACGCCAUCCAGACGAACUUUUUCGGCGGCUUGAAGGUACCAAUGGCCAUCAGCGGUGUGCAGUGUCACGGAGACGAGAACAGUCUGAUCGAAUGUCUACACGACAAGCUUCUUGACUGUCCAGGACCAGUGGAGAACGUUGCCAGCGUGGUGUGUCUUCGAGAUAUGGCAGACUUAGUCUUCGAUCAUAUAGAGCUCAUGAGAACAGCACACUUAGAGGACAGACAAUUGUAUUGGCUACAGUGUGCUAUGGAAGAGAAUUGCGUCGCCUCGCAGGCUUACAAGAUCCAAAAAGAAACGGAGAAUUGGCACUUAGAGACCAGAAGAUUGCUGCGAUUCACUGCGAGGAUUCUGAACGCUGGUACAGCGGACUUCCGACCCUCUGUACCGAAACACCUUUGGGAAUGGCACAUGUGCCAUAUGCAUUACCACUCGAUGGAGGUGUUCGCCACUUUCGACGUGUUAGACCUGAACGGGACCCGUUUGGCGGAGGGGCACAAAGCGUCCUUUUGCCUCGAGGACAAUCAAUGCCUGCCAGGCGUGGAACCGAGGUACAAAUGCGCCAAUUACGGAGACCAAGGGAUUUCCGUGAACUGUAGCGAUAUAUACAAGCAUAACAUCGAUUGCCAGUGGGUGGACAUAUCGGAGCUUCGACCUGGAGAGUACAUUUUCAAGGUCGCUGUGAAUCCGGAGUUCAAAGUGGGCGAGAUGUCGUUCGACAAUAACGCGGCAAUUUGCCGUCUCCUCUAUACGGAAUCGUUCGCCACGGUGCACAGUUGCAUCAUGGGCCGGCCUUGACACCGGCCAUUACGAUAAUCGUCGCGUCAUCAUCGCGGAACAACGGAACAAACAUGGCGAU